UAUGAAUCCAACCCAGUUAAGCAGCGAAGCCGAGGCCGGGGCUAUAACUGAAAGUCGACCUCAACUGACAAAGCAGUCGCUGUGGACAGCUGUGGGGCAAGUUCUUUUCUAGAAACCGACUUCCCACAAGCCUUCUGCAGGGGGGAAAUGGCCCGGGUGGUGAUUAGGCACCAGAUAGAAACCCCGGUCCGUUACCAGGGGCACUUUGCCACCCGGAGCUUGGAAGACUGCAGACUGGAUCACGCCUUAUAUGCUUUGCCCGGCCCAGAGAUCGUCGACCUGGGCCCAGGUAGGCCUGUAGGAGAGGCCCAAGAUGAAGAGAGGAGGCCGGAACGGAGCAGACCCCGUUUUCAGGUCUUAGUGGACGUGGUCCAGUUCUUCCCCGAAGAUGUUCUCAUCCAGACUUUCGAAGGCUGGCUUCUAGUCCGAGCUCAGCACGGGCCCAGGAUGGACGAACACGGUUUCAUCUCGAGGAGCUUCACCAGACAGUAUAAACUCCCGGAUGGAGUCGAGACGAAGGAUCUCUCCGCUCUCUUCUGCCAUGACGGGGUUCUGGUCGUAGAGGUGAAAGGACCAGAGGGACCUGUUGACACGUCCACGGAGGCGGCUAUCACGAGAUGAUGGUCCGUCUCUCUACGCCGCUCGGACUAUGAGAUGAAAUGUCAGCUCGCCCCUUGCAGCGUCAGCUAUCACCACAGAUUAAAGAAAUCCUGGAUUACCUCUCUU